UACUAAGUAACAUUAUAAUGGCAGCCUCCAGACCUGGCAUGCCUCAGCUGCGAGCAUCACAAACAAGCACACCUCGGCUAACUCCUCUGGCUUCCCCACCGAGUCUCUCAGCUUCUGCUUCUCCAACAAGAACAUCGAAGCCAGUGUCCCCUAGGAGCCAUUCGGUUUCGUUUUCUACCUCGAGAGGCAUGUUUGAUGAUAGGCCGUCGGUACCGAGCUCCGAUUCCAGAUCACUGACAGGACGCACUCGGGUCGAUGGAAAAGAAUUCUUCCUCCGAGCCAGGAACCGAUUGUCUUACGAGCAGUUCGGCUCAUUCCUGGCAAAUGUUAAAGAACUGAAUUCCCACAAGCAAACCAGAGAAGAGACUCUAAGGAAAGCAAACGAGAUUUUCAGCCCCGAAAACAGAGAUCUUUAUGCAAUCUUUGAGGGUCUGAUUAAUCGCAGCCUUCAUUAG